ACACACACACACACACACACACACACACACACACACACAUACACACUCGCGCAGAGUCACUCCCCCUCGCACGCCCUCGCCCUGGGCACCCUCCCGCCUCGAGACUCCUGGGUCCUCCUCCUCUCUCCCUUUGCUGCUUGGCCGCUCAGCGCUCUCGGGCCCGGCCUGGGGCCGCUCGGCCCCGUGGGGGAUCGGUGGGGAGUAGAAGGCGCGCAGCUUCGCCGCCUCCCCCGGACUCUCCUCUCCGCCCCGCCCGCGCCGCGCCCCCACCGCCUCCUCAGGAGAGGGACCUCGGGAGAAGGCAGCCCGUGGCCGGCCGGGCUCCGCUCUGCUCGGCACCGGCGGCGGCGGGGGCAGGGAACGAGCGAACUGGAGCUCACUAGCCGGAGAUCGGAGAGGCUAGGCUGGGAGGGGACGUGCUGCCGAGCCUGGGCUGGAGCGGCGGUGGCGGCGGCAGCAGCGGGGGAAGGACGGCCCCACGGACGGACCGACGCACGAACCGACCGAGUGAGGGAGGGACGAGCGACUUCGCCGGCGAGGAGGAGCCGCCCGAGCGGUGGCUGCUAGGCGCUUCCCCGCGCUGCUGGGCGCUCUGCGCCUCGGCGGCCCCCGGCCGCAGCUUCGUCGCGCGCGCGGGGCGCGGGGCCUGGGGCUGGCUUCGGCGAAGGGGUCACUGAACUAACUCCAAACUGUCGUGCACAGUGUCCCAGCAGCUACCAGCCCAAAAGCUGGAGUCACCAUGGCGGCAGGAGUUGCAGCCUGGCUGCCUUUUGCCCGGGCUGCAGCCAUUGGAUGGAUGCCGGUGGCCAACUGUCCCAUGCCCCUUGCUCCGGCUGACAAGAAUAAGCGGCAAGAUGAGCUAAUCGUCCUCAACGUGAGCGGGCGACGGUUCCAGACCUGGAGGACCACUCUGGAGCGCUAUCCCGACACCCUGCUGGGCAGCACAGAGAAGGAGUUCUUCUUCAACGAGGACACCAAGGAGUACUUCUUUGACCGCGACCCGGAAGUGUUCCGUUGCGUGCUCAAUUUCUACCGCACCGGGAAGCUGCACUACCCACGCUACGAGUGUAUCUCUGCCUACGAUGAUGAGCUGGCCUUCUAUGGGAUCCUCCCCGAGAUCAUUGGAGACUGCUGCUACGAGGAGUACAAAGACCGCAAGCGGGAGAAUGCUGAGCGGCUCAUGGAUGACAAUGACUCUGAGAACAACCAGGAGUCCAUGCCCUCGCUCAGCUUCCGCCAGACCAUGUGGCGGGCCUUCGAGAACCCACACACCAGCACCCUGGCACUGGUCUUCUACUACGUGACUGGCUUCUUCAUUGCCGUCUCGGUCAUCACCAACGUGGUGGAGACGGUGCCGUGCGGCACGGUGCCCGGGAACAAGGAGCUACCUUGUGGAGAGCGCUACUCGGUGGCCUUCUUCUGCCUGGACACCGCCUGUGUGAUGAUCUUCACUGUGGAGUACCUCCUCCGGCUUUUUGCUGCACCCAGCAGGUACCGCUUCAUCCGCAGUGUGAUGAGCAUCAUCGACGUCGUGGCCAUCAUGCCGUAUUACAUCGGCCUGGUCAUGACCAACAAUGAGGAUGUGUCCGGGGCGUUUGUUACACUCCGGGUCUUCCGCGUCUUCAGGAUCUUCAAGUUUUCCCGACACUCCCAGGGCCUCCGGAUCCUGGGCUACACCCUGAAGAGCUGUGCCUCAGAACUGGGCUUCCUCCUCUUCUCACUCACCAUGGCCAUCAUCAUCUUUGCCACUGUGAUGUUUUAUGCUGAGAAGGGCUCCUCUGCCAGCAAGUUCACAAGCAUCCCUGCGUCUUUCUGGUACACCAUCGUCACCAUGACUACGUUGGGGUAUGGAGACAUGGUGCCUAAGACUAUCGCAGGGAAGAUAUUUGGCUCCAUCUGCUCCCUGAGUGGUGUCCUGGUCAUCGCUCUGCCGGUCCCUGUGAUAGUAUCCAACUUUAGCAGGAUCUACCACCAGAACCAGAGAGCAGAUAAAAGGAGGGCACAAAAGAAGGCCCGCCUUGCCAGGAUCCGUGUGGCCAAAACAGGAAGCUCCAAUGCCUACCUGCACAGCAAGCGCAAUGGGCUCCUCAAUGAAGCUCUGGAGCUGACGGGCACCCCAGAAGAGGAGCACAUGGCCAAGGCCACCUCACUCAUCGAGAGCCAGCACCACCACCUGCUACACUGCCUAGAAAAGACCACUGGGUUAUCCUAUCUUGUGGAUGAUCCCCUGUUGUCUGUACGAACCUCCACCAUCAAGAACCACGAGUUUAUUGAUGAGCAGAUGUUUGAGCAGAACUGCAUGGAGGGCUCAAUGCAGAACUAUCCAUCCACCAGAAGUCCUUCCCUGUCCAGCCACUCGGGCCUCACCACCACCUGCUGCUCCCGUCGUAGCAAGAAGAGCACACACCUGCCCAAUUCUAACCUGCCAGCCACCCGCCUGCGCAGCAUGCAAGAGCUCAGCACGAUCCACAUCCAGGGCAGCGAGCAGCCCUCCCUCACCACCAGUCGCUCCAGCCUUAAUUUGAAAGCAGACGACGGACUGAGACCAAACUGCAAAACAUCCCAGAUUACCACAGCCAUCAUCAGCAUCCCCACUCCCCCAGCUCUAAGCCCAGAGGGAGAGAGUCGGCCACCCCCUGCCAGCCCAGGCCCCAACACGAACAUUCCUUCCAUAGCCAGCAACGUUGUCAAGGUCUCUGCCUUGUAAAAAAAACAAAAACAAAAACAAAAAACAAAACAAAA